UCUUCCGCUCGAGAGAUACCUUCUCAUUGAUAUCGACGACAUAUUUGUUGGCGAAAAGGGAACCCGAAUGAAGAGAUCUGAUGUCUUCGAGUUACUCGACUCUCAGCGACGCCUGAAUCAACUGAUCCCAGGCUUUCGAUUCAAUCUGGGAUUUUCGGGCAAAUAUUACCACAAGGGAUACGCCGAUGAGGACUACGGCGACGACCUGUUGUUGGAACACGCCGAUAAGUUUUGGUGGUUUUGUCAUAUGUUUUCACACACUCAGCCCCACCUCUACAACAAUAUCACUGUCUUAGAGAAUGAAAUGAAAAUGAACCGCGAAUUUGCACAGAAACACAACAUACCCUUAGACGCCGGCUAUUCAAUAGCUCCGCACCAUUCGGGUGUAUAUCCAGUUCACGGACCACUAUAUGACGCCUGGAAA